CUUAGCGUUGUUUCAUUUUUGGUCCUUACUCUAAUAAUUGCCGGCACUUUAUACGAAAUUUACUUGACGAGUCGCUUGAAGGCGGCACUUCGCCUUCAAGAUAAGGAGAUGAUGAAUAAUAGUGAGACUUCAUCAGGCAUAGGUUGUGCUUCAUCCGAUUACGGAGAUUCUAUGGCUCAUGAGUCGCUCAAGAAAGAGUCAAUAAAGGAAUCGCUGAACGAGUUGAAUAUCGUACUGAAUAUACCGCGUGAAGUAAACGGCGGUCCAAGUAGCAGUAACAACACUUCCGAUGAACAUCUGGAAGUUCAUCUUCACGAGCCCGAAAAACUUAGCGUUUACUCCGAAUUAUUGCUUUCCUUCUCGGCCAUUACCAACUUCAAUGCCAUUUGUGAUAGGAAUGUCGGCGCGGACACUAUUCCCUGCGUACACGGACUUCGCGCUUUUUCAAUGGCGUGGGUUAUACUCGGACAUACCUGCAUAGUGGUUUUCAAAUACUCAGAUAAUAUGGAGAUGCGUAAAGAAGUGGAGAAAAACUUCUUCUUCCAAGCUGUCACAAACGGACCAUUCAGUGUGGACACAUUUUUCUUUAUCAGCGGCUUUUUGGUUUCAUAUUUGUAUUUUCGCACGAAUGCCAAAGGAAAACUGAAUAAACUCACAAAAGGCAGCAGUGAACUGGCGGCUGGUACUGCACACUUCUUGGGAUUGGUCGCUUAUCGUUUCAUGAGAUUGACUGCGCCAUAUAUGUUUGUGCUUGGAGUCGUACAGGUUACUAUGAAGUAUCUGGCCACAUAUUCGAUAUUUGAUCCUCCGACCAUGGAUCAUGAGACGUGCCCAAAAUAUUGGUGGCGCAACUUACUGUAUAUCAACACACUGUUCCCAGUAGAUCAAAUGUGUAUGCUAUGGAGUUGGUACUUGGCCAACGAUACACAGUUCUACAUUAUUGGCGCCAUCAUACUGAUCAUCGGAGUAAGGCACUUUAAACUGUCUGCAUGUACCACUUUAGUUUUCUUGGUGUCGUCUUGGAUUACAACAGCUAUCAUAGCUUUUACUAACAACCAUCGACCCGACACUGACGACCCUCUGGCGUUAUUUGAUAAAAUAUAUGAUAAACCGUGGACGCGUCUGGGCCCUUAUCUUAUCGGGAUGGCAGUUGGCUGGAUAUUGUUUCGCACCAACUGUAAAAUUCGUUUUCCACGUCUUACGGUGGCCACUCUCUGGACGUUGGCCAUGCUCAAUCUCUUUGUUCUGGUAUUCGGACUGUAUCGCGCUGAUUUAUCACAAUUAUUGGCGGCUGCGUAUAGCUCGCUUAGCCACUCAGCUUGGGCAUUAUCGUUGGCUUGGAUCACAAUUGCAUGCUCUACAGGAUAUGGUGGCUACAUUAAUUCCUUACUCUCAGCCCCUUUUCUGUAUCCGUUCUCCCGUGUCACCUACUGCGCAUAUCUGGUACAUCCGAUCGUCAUUCGAUCUAUGGCGCUAAACACUGACGCCCCACUACACUUGGGCGGUGAUACUAUGGUUAUAUUAUUUUUUGGACUUGUGGUAGCAUCGUAUUUGCUGUCGUUUGUUGUAUCGAUGUCCUUCGAAGCGCCUGUUGUCACAAUGCUGAAGAUCCUGUCUCCUAGUCGAAAAAAGCGUAUCGCUUAGUAAACUUAUGUUUGCAAGUACAUUAUAUAUUAGGGUGGUCCAAAAUAAGUAAAGUCGGUAUUUUAAUGCUCUCUCCCCCUAGAAUUGUUCUAUAUCGAA